AGGAGAGGCGAGGCGAGGCGAGCGCUGCCCCCCGCUCGUUUUCUCCCCCACCCUGCAGCUCCAAGUUGCAAUUGGCAGCGGCAGCAUCCUCCUCCUGCCGCCCGCCCAGCGCCUUCCCCGGGGCGGGAGGAGGCGGAGGCGGAGGAGGAGGCAAAGGGGGGGAUUAAGUUUUUGUGCGGUGCGUGUGUGUCAUUUUAAGGUGGAUCUCCGGCAGCCGGAGCCCCGCGGGGCGAUGCAGCGCUGAGCGCGGGGCCGGCGCUGCCCGCGGAUCCGAGCACGAGGGUUGAUAGUGUGGCGUUAUGCACUCAGACUCCUGGGAAUUUUCCUAAGUUCUUGGUGGACUGCAUUGCUUUUUGAAUCAGAAAGUUAAAAUCUACAAUAAAGAAUGGCACUUGUGGAUAAACACAAAGUCAAGCGGCAGCGAUUGGACAGAAUUUGUGAAGACUUCCUCCUGCUACUCACCAGAGGGUCUGAUCCUACCCAUAUAUCAGGUAUUCGUCCACAAAUAAUGAAUGGCCCUAUGCACCCUCGUCCCUUGGUGGCUUUGUUAGAUGGAAGGGACUGUACAGUAGAGAUGCCAAUUCUGAAGGACUUGGCGACUGUUGCAUUCUGUGACGCACAAUCAACUCAGGAGAUUCAUGAGAAGGUAUUAAAUGAAGCGGUUGGGGCAAUGAUGUACCACACCAUCACGCUGACCCGGGAAGAUCUAGAAAAGUUCAAGGCCCUUAGAGUCAUUGUUCGAAUAGGCAGCGGCUAUGACAAUAUCGACAUCAAAGCAGCGGGGGAACUCGGGAUUGCCGUCUGCAAUAUCCCAUCAGCAGCUGUGGAAGAGACUGCUGACUCCACCAUAUGCCACGUCCUGAACCUCUACAGACGGAACACGUGGCUUUACCAGGCGUUGAGGGAAGGGACCCGCGUGCAGAGCGUGGAGCAGAUAAGAGAAGUGGCCUCAGGAGCAGCUCGGAUCAGAGGAGAAACUCUUGGCCUCAUUGGAUUUGGUCGCACUGCGCAGGCGGUGGCAGUUCGAGCCAAGGCGUUUGGAUUCAAUGUGAUAUUUUAUGACCCGUACCUGCAGGAUGGGAUAGAAAGGUCCCUGGGAGUCCAGAGAGUCUACACACUCCAGGACCUGCUGUAUCAGAGUGACUGUGUAUCGUUGCACUGUAACCUUAAUGAACAUAAUCACCACCUUAUCAAUGACUUUACGAUCAAGCAGAUGAGGCAGGGAGCGUUCCUAGUAAACACAGCACGCGGUGGGCUUGUGGAUGAGAAAGCCUUAACUCAAGCCCUGAAGGAAGGAAGGAUACGAGGGGCAGCACUUGACGUGCACGAAUCGGAACCAUUUAGUUUUGCUCAAGGUCCGUUGAAAGAUGCCCCUAAUUUAAUUUGUACUCCGCACACGGCUUGGUACAGCGAGCAGGCGUCGCUAGAGAUGCGAGAAGCUGCUGCUACUGAAAUCCGGCGGGCGAUCACAGGUCGCAUCCCCGAAAGCCUAAGAAACUGUGUGAACAAGGAAUUCUUUGUCACAACAGCUCCAUGGUCAGUAAUAGAUCAGCAAGCAAUUCAUCCAGAGCUCAAUGGUGCCACAUACAGGUAUCCACCUGGCAUGGUCAGUGUAGCACCUGGAGGAAUUCCAGCAGCUAUGGAGGGCAUCAUCCCUGGAGGCAUUCCCGUUACUCACAAUCUUCCAACAGUGGCACAUCCUUCCCAAGCUCCAUCUCCUAAUCAGCCCACAAAACAUGGGGACAACAGGGAACACCCCAACGAGCAAUAGCAGAUAACUUAAAAAUCAUUCAAUAAACUUGGGACCAAGAGACAUUGGGGGAAAAAGUUAUACAUGAACUAAAAAAAAUUUGAUACAAAAUUUGUAAUGUUGAUUUUGGACAGAUGCAUCAUUGAUGUUCCAGUGUUAACAACAAAGUGAUAGCAGUCAAGACUGGGGAGAAACCCUGAAGAAGUCAUCUGCUUACUGAAGCGCUGAAAACUAGGAUGUGAUACAUAAAUGAUCAGCUUCUAUUAUUGUAUGUUAAGUUUCCUUCAUCUGUGCAUCAAAUCACAAAAUAGAUCUUUCCCUUCUCAAACCUUUGGGAAUAGCAGGGCUAACGAACCUGUAUUCAGAACAUUGCAUUAAGCAAUCCUCACAGAGUUAACAUUAGAAAUUUAAGAGGAAACCAUCAUGUGGCUUCAGCCCUUUCCUUCCUCAUGUAUCUUAGUUACCUCUUCUUGCAGUAGGAGAAAACACUGGCCUAGAGAUAAGAAAAAAUUAUCUUGUUGCAGUCUUACACGGCCAGCAACAUAUAGAAAAGUUCUCCUAAUGUGUUUAGAUAUAGCCAUUCAGGCGAGGAAUCUUGGGCUGGGGGGUGGAGGGAGAAAAGGUAUAUAGCAAUAUUCACUUCUCUCCAACCCCUCCCCACCAAAUGAAAAUGUGUCAUCUGACCAACACACUGAAUAAAGUAGCUGUAAGUUCAGUUAUGCCCUCCAAUGAUGCAAAGCAAAAAAAAAAAAAAAAAAAAAAAAAAAAAAAUUAAGUUUCACUCACUAUUUGUACUCAAAUAUAUUUUCUCAGUUUUAAAUCUGCAGCUAUUUUAUCAAGUGGAAAAAAGUCUUGAGCUGGAAAGGGUUCAAGAAUAAUGUUGCAUUUCCUUAUGUCUCAGGAAACACUUUUUAUGGUAACUUGUCAGACUGUGUAUGAACAAAACCCACUUUUUUAGACAUUGAUAAAGUCUUCUUUUCUUCACGUGAUAUUUUAUACAAGAACACUUCAAAAAUGUGUUAUUAGAUGUGACUGAUUUUAACAAAUCCUAUUAGAUUUGUAUCAACUAGUUACAUGUUAUAUUCAUAGUCUUUUGUGAAUCAUCGCCUUUUUGUUUAAAAAAAGAUGGCCUAUUUUGAGCCUUUGUAUGGGUACAUUCCUGUUUCUGUGACAAAAAAAAAUCUUAAGCUGUCCCAAACAGAAAAAAAAAAAACCAAUGGCUAUCAGAAAUCUGUUUUGUUUUAGUGUGUUACCGUUAUUGUAUUUGUUUAUUGUAAAGGUGAACAUUUAGCGUUCAGUGCAGUUUUCAAUAAAAAGUGAUAAAAUUUCUAUAAUUUCUGAAACAUAA